AUGCCAUUCGGGUUAACUAAUGCUCCAGCUGCUUUGAUGGAUUUGAUGAACAGAGUUUUCAAGCCUUAUUUAGAUAGCUUUGUGAUUGUAUUCAUCGAUGAUAUCUUAGUGUAUUCAAGAUCUGAGGAAGAGCAUGCAGAGCACUUGAGACUUGUUUUACAGACUUUAGGAGAAAAACAAUUAUACGCCAAGUGUAGCAAGUGUGAGUUCUGGUUAGAGAAAGUUGUAUUUCUUAGCCAUGUCAUUUCAGCAGAGGGAAUUUAUGUUGAUCCUAAAAAGGUGGAAGCUAUUAUUAAGUGGAAUUCUCCGAGUAAUGUACAUGAGGUAUAUAGUUUUCUAGGUUUAGCUGGUUAUUACAGACGGUUUGUAAAAGACUUUUCUAUUAUUGCCUCACCAUUAACAAAGUUACUACGGAAAGAUGUGAAGUUUGUGUGGAGUCAACAAUGUCAGAAUAGCUUUAAUGCUUUGAAAGAUUGUUUAACUUCAGCUUCAGUUUUGACACUUCCAGUUGCACAUUUGGGGUAUGUUGUAUACAGUGAUGCUUCCAAGAAUGGGUUGGGUUGUAUAUGGAGACAUUACCUAUAUGGCGAGAAAUGUCUUAUCCACACUGAUCAUAAAAGUUUGAAGUACAUAUUGAUUCAGAAAGAAUUGAAUUUGAGACAGCGAAGAUGGAUAGAACUUCUGAAAUUUAUGAUCUUACUAUAG